AUCACCUCCUGAAAACAGCUGGAGUGCGGAGUGGUUUCCAGAGUGCUGCAGAGGGGUCUGUCAGGUUCUGCUUGGGGAGGCUGUGAGACCUGGUAGCAAAUCAAAGCUCCCAGCGCGGGUGUCCUGCAAACUUUCCUCACUUGGUGCGUAGCAGCUUCCCAAGGUUGCUUAGUCCCAGCCCGAGAAGCUCUGGAGACCAUGGCCAAGAAAAGAAUUGCUGUGAUUGGAGCAGGUGCCAGCGGACUCACUUGUAUCAAAUGCUGCCUGGAAGAAGGCUUGGAACCUGUCUGCUUCGAAAGAAGUAAUGACAUUGGAGGGCUCUGGAGAUUUCAGGAAAGUCCUGAAGAAGGAAGGGCCAGUAUUUAUAAGUCAGUGAUCAUCAAUACGUCCAAGGAGAUGAUGUGCUUCAGUGACUACCCCAUCCCAGAACACUACCCUAACUUCAUGCACAACUCCCAGGUCAUAGAGUACUUUAGGUUGUAUGCAAAAGAAUUCGGCCUUCUCAAGUACAUCCACUUAAAGACCACUGUGUGCAGUGUGAAGAAGCAACCUGAUUUCUCCACUUCGGGUCAGUGGGAGGUGGUUACGGAGUCUGAAGGGAAGAAGGAGACGACUGUCUUUGAUGGAGUCAUGGUUUGCUCUGGCCAUCACACCAAUGCUCACUUACCCUUGGAAAGUUUCCCUGGAAUUGAGAAGUUCAAAGGACAGUACUUUCAUAGCCGUGACUAUAAGAACCCGCAGCUCUUUUCUGGAAAGAGAGUCAUCAUAAUCGGCAUUGGGAAUUCUGGAGGGGAUCUGGCUGUGGAGAUUAGUCACACAGCUAAGCAGGUCUUUCUCAGCACCAGGCGAGGAUCCUGGAUCAUGAAUCGUGUAGGAGACCAUGGCUACCCAAUAGAUGUGCAGCUCUCUUCUAGAUUUAAAAAUUACAUGAAGAUGAUUUGUGGUGAAUUCAUACAAAACAUGUAUUUGGAAAGAAAGAUGAACCAAAGGUUUGACCAUGCAAUGUUUGGUCUGAAGCCUAAUCACAGAGCUAUAAGUCAGCAUCCAACAGUAAAUGAUGACCUGCCAAAUCGUAUAAUCUCUGGCUUUGUGAAGGUGAAAGGCAAUGUGAAGGCAUUCACGGAGACAGCUGCCAUAUUUGAAGAUGGUUCCAGGGAGGAUGACAUUGAUGUUGUUAUCUUUGCCACGGGCUACAGCUUUGAUUUUCCAUUUCUUGAAGAUUCUGUCAAAGUAGUAAAAAACAAGAUAUCCCUGUAUAAAAAAGUCUUCCCUCCUAAUCUAGAAAAGCCAACACUUGCAAUGAUAGGCUUGAUCCAACCCUUGGGUGCAAUCAUGCCCAUCUCAGAGCUCCAAGGACGUUGGGUCACUCAAGUAUUUAAAGGUCUAAAAACAUUACCAUCAGAAAGUGAAAUGAAAGCAGAAAUAGCUAAAACUCAAGAAGAAAUGGCAAAAAGGUAUGUGGAGAGUCAACGCCACACCAUUCAGGGAGACUACAUUGAUACCAUGGAAGAACUUGCUGAUCUGGUGGGUGUCAAGCCUAAUCUGCUAUCUCUGGCCAUCACUGACCCCAAACUAACAUUACAGUUACUAUUUGGACCUUGUACUCCAAUCCAGUACCGUCUCCAAGGCCCUGGAAAGUGGGCUGGAGCUCGAAAUGCUAUUCUAACCACAGAAAAGCGCAUCAGGAAACCUUUGAUGACAAGAGUAGUUGAAAACAAUGAUUCCACAAGUUCACCAAUAACAAUGGUCAGGCUUAUGUUGGCUGUUGUUUUGUUUGCUGCAAUUAUGAGCUAUUUCUAGCAGUCCUGCUACCAUUCAUUGCCUAGUUUUCUUGAGGAAGCAUAAUUUAAAUAAACACACAAAAUCUGACAAGAUUGACCAAGUCUUAGUCAUAAUCCUUUUUCUUCUUUUUCCUUCAAUGAAGUCCCAUAUUUUCAUUCAUAUAGACUUAACCUCCCUUCCUCUUAUGACCUAUCACUUUUUCCUUAUAGUUAAUCUCUGGACUCUAAACUUAGGUACUCUUUGAUUUAUCUGUGUGUGCUCUUAGCAGAGCUUUGACAUGUGGUAGGCACUUAUUACAUGAUUAUUAUUGUUUAAUAAGGAUAACUAGGAAACACAAAUCAAUAUCCAUAUAAGGAAUGGGUGAUUCAUUGCUUCUGAUAGGAUCUGGUUUUCUUUAAGAGCCUAAGUCUUAAAAAUAAAUUUUGAAAAAUUAAAAAAAGAGCUUAAGUCUUUUGUUUUCAUUAUUAUAACUAAAUAUUUACAAAAAGAUAAGAGAGCAAUAGUCUUGCGGCUGUUAUACAUAGCUAAGAUACAGGUACCUAAACAUCCCUUUAAAUACCUAGCUGUUCAUUAGUGCUUCAGAUACCAGCCCAUUUUAUUUUUAUUUGUGUUUGUUUUCUCAAAAAAAGAAACUUCCUUGAACUUACUAGGCUCUUUGAUCAUAAAUUGAACUUACUGGCAGAUAUUUCUAGUAGAGUUAAAGUAAAAUAACAGUUUUCAAAGAAAAAUCAUGCAUAAUUAUGGGCAGAAAAAGUGAGCAUCCAUAGGUAAGGAAGAUACAAUAUCACAUAUUAUAUGAGGGAUAGAUAUCAUAUCACACACACACAUUAGUUUGGGAAGGAGAUUAUAGGUUGAAGAGGACUCCCAGUGCAGAAACCUAAUUGGCCAGCUAAGAUCAGCCAGUGUUAAAAAGUAUUUGUAAGGCUGUCUGGUUGAGGUCAAGCAAAAGAACAUAACAGUGACUGCUCCCAGGAAGAGGCAUAGUGGGAGGGAGAAACAGCUCAGGGGCAAAGCACUCGUCUACCAGGUAGAGGCAUAGUCACAUCCUACAAACUGCAGGGCUCAACCAGUUUGUUUUUUGCUUUCUUAUCCAAGACAGUCCCUCUCAAUGUUAUUGGACAAAAGAAGGAACAUAAAGUUGCAGAAGGCUCUGUUUAUUUGAAGAUACUGCUAAUUACAGCAAUGUGUCAUACAAAUGAGAUUGUUUGCCUCUACCACACAUGUUUCUCUCCCUUUCUCCUAUCCUCCAUAUAGGCUUGAAGUAACAUGUAUUUGAAGAAGUCUGUCAAUUAGAAUUAAUAGUAUCCAAAUAUCCUGCUUGUAACAGUGUAGUUCUGAAAUAUAAUUUACAAAAAAAAUAAUAUGAAAAGCAAGAGUUGGGGAUUAUGUCACUAUUUACAAUAGUACUGCUGUCAAUUCUUGUCUUUUUCAUCAGUAGUUUUGCUCUGUUCUUGUCUUACAAAGUUGACUAAGUAAGUGUUAGCUGUCAGGCCAACUGAAUUUCAUGAGGAAAAAAUACUGGUUGUAACAGCCAAGCAUAGGCUCAUAAAUUGCUGUUGGGUAUUACAUUUUCAGACAGUUGCCUAUGCCUUAACAAAACUUGAGUAACAUUGGUUGUUAUGAUCUUAUGUAAUAAAAAUCUGUUCCAGGGAACUAGAAAUAUGAAAGGUACACCUGCUUCCCAAUCAUAGAUUUGGACAGCUGCCUGCCAUUUGACCAAAUUUACUUGUGGAGUUAAUUUAACUAAUUUACUUUUGAGAAUCAGGGAAAUAAGAACUGGGGUAACUGUCAAGGUAUUUUUCCUUCCUUAAUUCUUGUAAUAUGAGGGAUUUAUCAUCUACCAAGAUGGACAUAAUAACUUUUCAUCUACAAAUUAGUUUAAAAGUAAAUUGAAGCUCACCUUUUUUUCAUCUCAUAUUUCUGAUUAGAUAAAUUUGCCUCUUUUUGAAAUGAGUAACCCACACACUUUGGUGGUUUCUGUCUGUAACCAAACUAGCCAUCUCAGCAGAUUCUGUAUGUAAUCUGUACACUUCUGCAGAUCCUGUCCACACCCUGGUGAACUCUGAUAGUAACCAAUCCACUUGGGCCCUCUGAUUGUUUGUUUUGUAACCAGACAGCACCUUUUUCAGUCCUGCUCUGUAACCAGCUUUCACUUCACCCAGUUUAAAAAGGAUAAAAGCUGCUUGCAAAAGCAGAAGAGGUAAUCAGGUGUGGUCGGAGCCCACCUAAUUCCACUAGCAUGAAAUAAAUGUAACUCCCCACCCUCCA